AUGGUGAAUCAUCAAGGCAAGAGCAAAACUAUUCGUGUAUUUUUAAAUGCAAGCUCUCAAGCACAUUUUAUAACUGAAGAUGUUGCAAACUUUUUGAAUUUAAUUAAGAAACCAGCUAAUAUUUAUGUUACUGGGAUAGAUAAUACUUCAACUACCGAACAUUUUCGACUUAAACAUGCAGGUAUGCAAGCAACGCUAUACUCAGUUCGCCAGAAUUAUUGGCCGUUAAAUGGACGCAGCGUCACGCGUAGUGUUUAUUUCCUAACUACAAUUUACUGGAGUAAGGAUAUUUCAAUUGAAUUGUUGAUUUUGAAGACACAG